CCGCUCUUGUGUCAGUUGGACAACAACCAUCAGAAGGGAUAUAAUCAACAGCCAGCUGUGUUACUUCACUUUGGUGGCGCUCGUGCUCCAGUUUCAAAGUCGUUACCUUUGUGUGCGCACGCGCUCUAGUUGAGUUUCUCUCCUUCGAACAGGUUCGACCGCCGGGACACACCUGCAGGGAGAAAAAGGAAGCCUUGUUUUCCCCCGAACGCCAUUCUUUACUCUAUCUUUGACCUCUGUGGACGGCGGAGGGACAGAAAGCUGACGGUUUUGUUUUGUUCUCAACAAGUCGUUUUUUGGUUUAAUUAAUUUUCAUCAUGAAAAUGUGGAUUGCUCUCGUUCUCGUCGCCUUCGCGACAGGAGCCUCAGCUCAAUGUUCAUGUGAAACUAUGAAGUGGGCCACCUGUGACGGGACUCCAUGCACUUGUACCCUUCUGAUCGGUGACAGCAUUACACAAACGCUGAAAUGCGACGCAUUGAUCCCCAAGUGCUUCCUGAUGAAGGCCGAGAUGUACCGAGCUAAAAAGGGCCUGAGCACGCGCACAAUAGGAGGAAAGCCGGUGGAGACGGCCUUCGUGGACAACGACGGCAUCUACGACCCGGAUUGCGAGGCCGACGGCAAGUUCAGGGCCAAGCAGUGCAACAACACGGAGGAGUGCUGGUGCGUCAACAGCGCUGGAGUCCGUCGUACCGACAAGGAGGGCAAGACUCUCGAGUGCCCCAAGCUGGUGGAGACCUACUGGGUUCGUCUGCAGCUGAAACACAAACCAUCGACAACUCCAGUGAAAGCUGAAAACCUGAAGGCUGCCAUUGCCGAUGCCAUUAACAAACGUUACAAUAACUUUAACAAGGAAUUGGUGGAAAAGGUCGAGUACGACGCAGAUUCCCGCACGAUUGUGGUGGAUGUGAAGAAGGCAAAGGGAGAACGCAUGACUGACCUGACCCAGAUGGCCUACUACAUGGAGAAAGAUGUGAAGGUGCUGCCCCUGUUCAAGAACCAGGAUGAGUUCAUGCCCAAUGUGGACGGCCAGAAGCUGGAGAUGGAGAACAUCCUGGUGUACUACGUGGACGAGGAGAACCCGACCUUCACCAUGAAGCACCUGUCGGGCGGCAUCAUCGCCGUCAUCGUGGUGGUGGUGCUGGCCGUGAUCGCCGGCCUGCUGGUCCUGUUCUUUGCCAGAAGGCGACAGAAUCAGAGAUACAGCAAAACCCAGCAAAGAGAACUGGACCCCAUGUAAAGUCUUCAUCGCAGCGGGAGUCUAUGAAGACCUUUAUGGAAUAACUUGUUUUCUGCAGUGGGAGUGUGCCUUUUUUUUUUUUUUUUUUUUUUUUAAACCAUUUUACUUGAGAAAUACAGAUUGUAACAAUGAACUUGCUUUUAUAUGUUGGCACAGCUGGUACCGGCAUUUAUUUAUAAAUCAUGUCAACUCUUAACGCAUCGUCCAUCUAUAUGCCAUAAAGAACUUUGCUUUUGAAAACGUGCCUGGCACAUGCCGCUUUUUUUUUUUUUUUUUGUCAGAACGCGUCGAGUGGUCUAAAGUCCGCGUCGUAGAUUGUACAGUUUCCUACUUAUGUGUGUUUUGUCUAAAUGUUUAUAAUAAAAUCUUUUUAAAGACA